AGUAGCUGAGAGUUGGGCGCCUCGUUAGGUUGUGUCGCUCACUGCACCUCCCACAAAUACUUUAAACGCUAAUCCUAAGUAAUAGUAUAAAUAGUGUAUUCCUUUAUCUUAAUAGCCGCGCGUGUGAUAUACGAUUUAUAUUAAACAGUAGUCGUUGAGUAGGUUUAACAAAGAAUUAUUUUUCUCGCUACUUUCGCCUGACAAUGAAGAAUCAUGUCAAGAAUGAAUCGAUUUCAUAUCCAGAAACGACGACAACAAAAACAACAAUCGCCUCCAAUGAUGACUAUGAUCCACACAUGCAUCGCAAUGUGAAGAACCCAACCAACAACUGGCAAACUUUUGCACACUUCCUGAAAGCAUCCAUUGGCACCGGUGUCCUGGCGAUGCCCAGCGCCUUUGCGCAUGCGGGCUAUAUCAAUGGAUUUAUCUUUACUUCAAUCAUUGGCCUUCUGGCGCUAUACUGUCUACAUAAACUGAUCAGCAGCAUGUACAUACUAUGCAAGCGUAAACGGGUUCCGUACAUCACCUUCUCGGAGGCCAUGAAAAUGGGCCUACAACAAGGACCACCCUGUCUGCGCUGCUUCUCGCACAUUGCCGCUCCUUUUGUAGAUGGAUUUCUGGCCUUCUAUCAUUUUGGCAUCUGUUGCGUCUAUGUGGUCUUCAUAGCGGAGAGCAUCAAACAACUUGUGGAUGAGUAUUUGGUUGUAUGGGAUGUCCGCAUCCACAUGACCAUCCUGAUAGUUCCACUUCUGCUGAUCUACAGCAUACGCAACUUGCGGGUUUUGGCGCCAUUCUCCAGUGUUGCAAACGUGUUGCUGGUAGUGGGCUUUGGCAUCGUUCUGUAUUACAUAUUCGAGAAUUUGCCACCGCUGAGCGUUCGCGAACCAGUCGUGCAUUAUUCUAAGCUGCCCACUUUCUUUGGCACUGUGCUCUUUGCCAUAGAGGCAGUGGGGGUGAUUUUGGCUAUAGAAGAGAAUAUGGCCACGCCUCGGGCCUAUGUGCAACCUUGUGGCAUCAUGAACAUUGGCAUGGGUAUUGUGAUGAGUCUGUAUUUGCUCUUAGGCUUCUUCGGCUACUGGAAGUACGGCGAUGAAGCUUUGGGCAGCGUUACUCUGAAUAUACCACAGGAGAAAGUAGCCGCCCAGGUGGCGAAAAUCUUCUUCGCUAUCACCACAUACAUAUCGUAUGCGCUGCAGGGAUAUGUCACAGCGCACAUUGUGUGGGGCCAGUAUUUGAGUAAGCGUAUCGAGAAUGUCAAGAUGCAUACGCUCUACGAGCUAAUCUUUCGGGCGCUGAUUGUCUUGCUCACCUUUGGUUGUGCCAUUGCCAUUCCGGAUCUAUCGCUGUUCCUGUCGCUCGUCGGCUCCUUUUGCCUAUCGAUACUGGGUCUCAUCUUUCCGGCCCUGCUCCACAUCUGUGUUAUCUACGAAGAAGGCUACGGACCAUAUCGAUACCGACUUGUUUUCAAUUUGCUGCUGUUGAUAUUUGGCGUUUUUGGGGGCGCAGUGGGCACUUACGUCAGCAUCGUGGACAUUGUCAACGCGAUGUCGGGGAAAGUGGCCUAAUCUGGCCUCAUAAUGUUCGCCAUUAAAAACUAAUACCAAUACCAA